CUGUGUGCAUCCCAGGACUCACCCGAUUUUUUCCCCUUUAACGCAUCCCCUUCUCUUCAAGGUGGGAUGAAUUUGGACAGAAUCUCAGAGGCAGGGAGAGCGCCGCCGCCCCGCGACGUGACCGCCGCGUUUCAUUUACAGAGAACCCCAAACAGCAGCCGAGAAACUUUAGAGAACUCAAGCAGCGAGUCUUCAGACACAGAGCUGGCAGAAAAGGAUAGGAGCGCAGAGCACAGGAGCGAUGACGGGAACGCGGACGACCCCAAGAAGAAGAAGCAGCGGCGUCAGCGGACUCACUUCACCAGCCAGCAGCUGCAGGAGCUGGAGGCCACUUUUCAAAGGAACCGCUACCCGGACAUGAGCACAAGGGAGGAGAUCGCCGUCUGGACAAACCUCACCGAGGCCAGAGUGCGGGUAUGGUUCAAAAACCGUCGGGCCAAGUGGAGGAAGAGGGAGCGGAACCAGCAAAUGGACCUGUGCAAGAACAGCUACCUGCCGCAGUUCAGCGGCCUCAUGCAGCCCUACGACGACAUGUACCCGGCCUACACCUACAACAACUGGACCAACAAGGGCCUCACCCCGGCGCCGCUGUCCACCAAGAACUUCACCUUCUUCAACUCCAUGAGUCCCCUCACUUCGCAGUCCAUGUUCUCCGCGCCUAACUCCAUCUCCUCCAUGACCAUGGCCUCCGGGAUGGGUCACUCCGCCGUGCCGGGCAUGCCCGCCCCGGGCCUCAACAACAUCAGCAACUUGAACGGGAUCGGAACCUCGGGCAUCAACUCGGCCAUGUCGUCGUCCACGUGCCCCUACGGACCCCCUGGCUCUCCGUACAGCGUUUACAGGGACACUUGCAACUCCAGCCUGGCCAGCCUCAGACUCAAGUCCAAACAGCACCCGACGUUCGGAUACAGCGGCCUGCAGAGCCCCGGAUCCAGCCUGAACGCCUGCCAGUACAACAGCUGA